AAGAUUUGAAAAACAAAAACAAGUCCGCCAGCUUCAGUUAAAGCGGCAGGCAAACGGGCGCGGCCCACACUUCAGCAAUGGCAACAUUGCGCGGUGCUUGGGCGGUCGCCGCGCUUACACUUCUUUUUGUAGCCAGCGCGAGUGCUAAAAUUGAAGGUACUCCGUGCUACGACGUCGCAGCAGGUGUGAACGGGACAUGUGCAGUUCACUGUUCCUGGGCGCAGGGCAGCGCCCAGGUGUGCGGCUACCUGAACACACAGCCCAUCGUCUGCUGUCCGAGUCCUUCUGUACUCGAAGAGCCGGAAGAAGAAACGGAUGACGCAACUGGGAGGAGCCUUGUUACCAGUCAAGGCUUGUCCCUCUUGCCUCUUACUAGUUGUGGUCGUAACCCGACAGCACUUAUAACAAACGGUAUCGAAGCGCAAUUAGGAGACUUCCCAUGGCUGGCAUUGAUCAAAAUCUAUUUAAAUCCACAGCAAUACGUUGUGUGUGGCGGCUCCCUCAUCAGCAGCAGAUACGUUCUUACGGCUGCACACUGCUUUGACGAGGAGACGUCCGCAAGGCGCGUCAAGGUUUUGCUCGGCGAACACCGACGGAGUGUUGACCCUGACUGCGAUGACAAUGAUGUGUGUGCAGAAAAGACCCAGGUGUUCACGGCCGAGAAGAUAAUAAUACACCGCCAGUACUCCAAGAGCACAUUUAAGAAUGACAUUGCACUUAUUCGGUUGAAAAAAGAAGUCACUUUCACUAUGUGGGUCAAACCAAUAUGUUUGCCUGUCAGCACCAAAACGGCUGACAUGAACUUGAACGGUAAAUAUCUUUUGGCUGCUGGUUGGGGAACAACCACUUUCAAGGGGUCCACCAGCGACGUCAAGCAAUGGGUCGUAUUGCCAGCGGUGUCACUUGAUAGCUGCAGGAAGACGAAUCCAAACGUCACCCCCAAACAACUGUGCGCAGGUGGUGGCUUCGAACACAAAGAUACCUGCCAGGGUGACAGUGGUGGUCCUCUCAUGGGAAUCGUCGGAAGGAAUAGGAAGAGAUUGCUCGCUCUUGGAAUUGUAUCGUACGGGAAAGGGUGUGGUGACCCCGGCGUUCCGGGAGUCUACACGAGGGUAGGUCACUAUAUUCCCUGGAUACUAGCCCACUUAGAGCGCUAGCCAAGCUCAAAACUCAAGUGUUGUUUUUUGUUUUACAAUUAGUACCAUUAAAAUGACGAGGGGGAAACAACUUGAAUUUUGGUGUAAUUUUCCCUUGAAAGAACGUCGAAAGGUUGAGAUAGCGUUGAAGUGACGUGAAAUAUAACCUAAAUUUGAAAUAACGGUGUAAAACAAUUGUCUAAGUUGUUUGUCCUCUGAUGUGUAUCAACGGAUGUGUAUCAACGGAAUUAAUAAAAUGGCAAAAACUGCAAUUGCUUCACCAAUA